AUGGCACCAAAAGGUCUCGCGAUACUUAUCGGUGCUGGGCCGACUUCAGGUGCUGGCAUUGCCCGUAUUCUUGCUAGCCCUCAACAUGGAAAUCUCGCAGUCGCCAUCCUCGCCCGGAAUGGAGAUAAUCUCCAGAAGCUUGCCAGCGAGCUGAGGACUUCGUCAAAUGGUAUCAUCCACCCUUUUCCGACAGACACUCAGCCCGACAACCUUCGACGUACAUUCCAGCAGAUUGCCGACCACCCAGACUUUAAGGAUCUCAAGUUGAAGCUUUCAAUCUAUCACGUUAAGCACUCGAGCAGGAAACCCUUCCUAGAAGAGACUCCCGAGGCAUUCAGCGACAGCAUGAACACCUACACCACCGGCGCCCUGGUGUUUGCUCAAGAAUCGCUGAAGCUCAUGUACGCUCAGAACGGCGGCCAAACGUUACUUGCCGACACGAACGGCGUGAAGAAGGGUACAAUCAUUUUUACCGGUACACUCGGUGCCAUGCGCACAAAUCAGCAGUACGCAGCGUACGGAGCCUCUCGUGCGGCCGCAAGGAUGGUUGCACAGGCAAUCGCAAAGGAACACAGCAAAUUCGGCGUCCAUUGCGUUCAUGCCAUUGCCAACGGUGGAAUCAUUGACGCGGAGAACGAAGACACCACUACUGGCAAGAAAAUGAAGGCGGAGGACGUGGGCGAAUUGUAUCACUGGCUUUCGCAACAGCCUAGCUCCUUGUGGACCCAUGAACUGGAUAUGCGACCGGCCCAAGAGAGUUUCUAA